AUGGCAACUGACGAGUCUCUGGAUACUAUGGUGGACUUAAUUGAUGAAGUGCCUACAUAUGGCUACAGACAUGGCUUUGAAAGGACUGGAAGUGAAGUUCAGCAUAACUACAAAUCUUACCUUCAAAAGAAGUUCCAGCAUUUGAACAAUGUGACAGCAAACCAUGGAAACCCAAUAAUUUUUAGUAAGAUGUACAUAGACCUCUCCAUUACAGAGGGAGGCAGAGGAGAGAUCAAUACUGAACACGAGGUCAGACAAAUCGAGGAUAUAUCCAAAAGAUCAGCAGAGGAAACACCAAUGAAAUGUAAUGACAUUUUUAAACCUUUAUCUGAAGAAGACAAACCCAUCAGAACUGUACUGACAAAGGGAGUUGCUGGUAUUGGAAAAACUGUCUCUGUACAGAAGUUCAUUCUGGACUGGGCUGAAGGUAAAGCAAACCAGGAUCUUCACUUUAUAUUUCCACUUCCUUUCAGAGAGCUGAAUUUAAUGAAGGACCAAAAAUUUAGUCUGGUGGAUCUUCUUAGCUGCAGAUUUAAGGAGUUGAAAGAAACUGAAAUGUCCAGCUUGCAGAAAGUUCUGUUUAUUUUUGAUGGUUUGGAUGAGUGUCGUUUCUCUCUAGAUUUUCUGAACACAGACAGAUUGUGUGAUGUAACUGAAUCAGCAUCGGUGAAUGUGCUGCUGGUGAACCUGAUUAAAGGGAAUCUGCUUCCAUCUGCUCUCAUCUGGAUAACCUCCCGACCAGGAGCUGCUGAUAAGAUCCUCUCUAAAUGUGUAAAUCGAGUGACGGAGGUACGAGGGUUUAAUAACCCACAGAAGGAGGAGUACUUCAUGAAGAGAAUCAGUGAUCAGAGCCUGGCUAACAGAAUCAUCAUCCACCUGAAGUCAUUACGAAGCCUCUACAUCAUGUGUCACAUUCCAGUCUUCUGUUGGAUUUCAGCCACUGUUCUUGAGAGAUUGUUGGUUGUAGCUGAAGGUGGUGAGAUCCCCAAAAAUCUGACUCAGAUGUACACACACUUCCUCAUCAUUCAGACCAACAUCAUUAGAGAAAAAUACCCAAAUAACCAGGAUACAGAUGAAGAAAUGAUUCUCAAACUGGGAAAACUGGCUUUGAAUCAGCUGAUGAAAGGAAACCUGAUCUUCUAUGAAGAAGACCUGAUAGAGUGUGGAAUUGAUGUGAGAGAAGCAGCAGUGUACUCAGGUGUGUGUACACAGAUCUUUAGAGAGGAGUCUGGACUGAACCAGAGUAAAGUAUACUGCUUUGUUCAUCUGAGCAUUCAGGAGCAUCUUGCAGCUCUAUAUGUGCACCUGAUGUUUACAAAAAACAACAGAAACAUUCUUGAUGAAAGUCUUUUGUCCAAAGUUGAGGUUCUAAUAGGAAGGGAGAUUAAGAUCCUAGAGGUACACAAGGCGGCAAUUGAUAAAGCGUCACAAAGUACGAAUGGACAUCUGGACCUUUUCCUUCGCUUUCUUCUGGGCCUUUCGCAGGAGUCCAACCAGAUUCUGUUACAAACCUUAGUGAAACAGACAGGAGGCAGGAUCCACAAAAACGAUGAAACAGUUCAGUACAUUAAGAAGAUUAUCAGCGGGAAAAUCUCCGUAGAGAAAUGUAUCAGUAUGUUCCACUGUCUAAAUGAACUAGGAGACCGUUCUCUGGUUGAUGAAAUCAAGAAGUUCAUCAUAUCAGGAAACUUAGACCAAAAGGAACUUUCUCCUUCACACUGGUCAGCUUUGGUAUUUAUUUUGCUGACAUCAGAGCAGGAAGAAUUUGUUUUGAAAAACUACACAACCUCGUACAAGUCAGAUGAAGUUCUUCAGAAGCUGCUGCCUGUGGCUGCACAAUUCAGAAUAUUAAUGCUUAAUGAUUGUACCCUGACAGAAAGGAGCUGUUCCGUUGUAACCUCAUUACUUAGCGCUGAUAGCUCCAGGCUCAGAGUGCUCUCCCUGUCAGGGAAUAAUCUAGGAGAUUCAGGAGUGAAGCAGCUCUCUGAGGGGCUGAAGAAUCCUAACUGUAAACUGGAGACACUGAAGUUGUGUGCAUGUGGUGUCUCUGCUAAAGGUUGUGCUGCUCUGGCUUCAGCUCUGAGUUUGAACCCCUCACAUCUGAAACAUCUGCAUCUGACUGUAAAUAAGAUAGGUGAUUCAGGAGUGAAGCUUCUCUCUGCUGCAUUAAAAAAUCCUUGCUGUAAACUUGAGACACUAAGUCUCAAGUACUGUGGUGUAUCAGAUGAAGGUUGUGCUGCUCUGACUGAAGCUCUGAGAUCAAACCCCUCACACCUGAGAAAUCUGAAUCUAAAUGGCAAUCGGCUCAGAGAUUCAGGAGUGAAGCUUCUCUCUGCUGGACUGGAGAAUCCUCAAUGUAAACUGGAGAUACUGCUUCUGUGGGAUUGUGGUGUAUCAGAUGAAGGUUGUGCUGCUCUGGCUUCAGCCCUAAAAUCAAACCCCUCACACCUGAGAAAGCUGGAUCUGUCUCAUAAUAAACUAGGAUAUUCAGGAGUGAAGCUUCUCUCUGCUGUACUGGAGAAUCCUCACUGUAAACUGGAAACACUGGGUCUGAAGGGUUGCGGUGUAUCAGAUGAAGGUUGUUCUGCUCUGGCUUCAGCUCUGAGAUCAAACCCCUCACACCUGAGAGAUCUGGACCUGAGCGGAAAUAAACUCAGCCACUCAGUGAAGAAGCUAAUGUCAGAUUUACAGGAGAAUCCACAAUGUAGACUGAACACGUUAUUAUAAGAUCAUCUUUCUGAAUCACCUGGUCACCAGUGAGGUACACCGUCUCUGUAAUAGUGUUAAAAGCAGAUGUUCACUCUAGUGGUGGUGGUUCCAGAAGAAGA